AUGAGCGGUUGUGAUCUUUACGACGACAUUGGGCAAUCAGAAGACAGCCCAGAGCAGGUACUGACCACCUCCACGUGGCUAAGAAAAAAGGGAACCGGGAUUCGGGCCUGGAUGGUGGUGGAUACAAUGGGAAAGGCGCAUGUGGUGGAAGCCGGGAAGCAUGCCAUCAUGCGCCGCACGGGUCUCCCCGCCCGAGACCUCCGGAUCCUCGACCCAAUUCUCUCCUACCCAUCAACCAUUCUAGGCCGUGAGAGGGCGAUCGUGAUCAAUCUGGAGCAUGUAAAAGCCAUAAUUACGGCUCAUGAGGUUCUUUUGCUGAAUUUGCGAGACCCAUCUGUAACUCCCUUUAUAGAGGAGCUCCAGAGGUGUCUUCUGAGUCACCACCACGCAUCUAAAUAUCAAGUUGGUUGGUUGGAGGAGGGCAAUGGUGAUGGUUCAAACGGGAAGAAUUUGUAUGAACUAGAUAUACCGCAUGAGUCAAGGGUGUCUGAGAAUCGAGAUGAGUCCAGUAAGGUGGAGGGGAAGCGUGACAUUGAGAAUCAAGAUGGAUCAGCAGUUCUUCCAUUUGAGUUUGUUGCAUUGGAGGCAUGCCUCGAGGCUGCUUGCAGUUGCUUAGAAACCGAAGCAAGGACGUUGGAUCAGGAGGCUAAUUCUGCGUUAGAUAAGCUGACUUCAACGAUUAGUACUCUCAAUUUGGACCGUGUUCGCCAUAUUAAAAGCCGCUUGGUUGCUAUAACCGGACGUGUUCAAAAGGUAAGGGAUGAAUUAGAAAACUUGCUAGAUGAUGAAGAAGAUAUGGCUGAAAUGUAUUUGACAGAAAAGUUGGUUCAUCAAAACCUAGAAGAUUCUUCUGAUUCCUCAAUGAAUGAGAUAGAUGAAAUGGUUGAUGAAGCCUCUCAAUCAGAUAUGCAUGAUAGGCACGUAACUAAAUAAGUCUCAUUUUUAUCUUAU